AUGGCACCAUUAAGUUCCCGGUUCCCUCUCGAUGAUACCGAGGAUGAAAACCCCGUUUCCUUUGUCAACAGAGAUAGAGCGGGAAUAGACACUGAGCAGAGUACAUAUCAGCCCCAUACUAUGACCAGCUCAUAUCUCUCCAGUGUAUCUGUACCUCCAACACCGUCACUUCUAUCUCAAUCGCGAAAUGUCUCCCAGACGGACCUUGCGAGAAAGAAGAAAGACUCUCAAGGAAUGCUUUUGAGUGAAUCACGUUUAUAUGCACUCGAUGUUGCAGGGCCACUACAUCAUCAACAACUUCGCCAUCACAGACGAUCUAAGAGCUACAACCCCCGAAGCGGAAUGAUGGGAUCUAGUGGAACAUCCACACCCCGGAUCCAAGAUGGAGAAUGGAUACUACGGACUGGAUUGGCGCUGGCGUCAUCAACUCGUGAAGAAAAGGGCCAGUCAUGGUUAGUCAAACGAGAAAGCUCAACAAGUCUCGUUUCACAUGACGAAGAUGGACGGAAAACCCAUAGUCGUGGGAGAUCGGACUUUCAAGGUCGCCGGUCGCGGAUGUCGACUCCUCUCGCCCAGUCAAGGAGGGGUUCACAUUCACAUGCAGCAAGCAAACGCUCCAGUCGAGUUGACCUUGCUAUGACACCAUCUUUCCCUACAGGGCAUUCUCAUCAGUCCGGUAUCGUUACCCCUCGAUCAAGGGACAUUCCUGGGCUGGUUCCUGAUUUUCUAGAUGAGUCAAUCCGGGAAGAAUUAGCUGCUUUGCAGACCCAUUUACCAGAAAACGGCAAUACCGACAAUAAUGAAACUGGGCAAACCAGCACGCUUCCAUUUGCAUCUCAGGAAUACUAUGAAUCUGAUUUAAGCGAGGAUGAUUCUGAAGACGAAGAGAUUAGCGAAAUUGAGGUGCACCGUCUCACUCGGGAGCGUGGUUUCGGUUUAGGUUCAUGGAUAGAUAGGUUAGUUGAAUGGACCGUUUUUGGCUCCGAAGACGAAUCAGUCCAGCCACCUAUCAUUCAUGGUUCCUACCGGCCGGGACAGAGAACAAACCUCAAUAUUGACAGCAACACGCAAGAAACAACUGAGCUAAACCCUACAGAUCAGCUAGAAACUGCAUCUGACUCAGGAACGGAAAAAAAUGAUGGCUCCUGCUCUGACACCGAGAUAUUUUCAACGACCAUGAAAAUUAUCCCCGCGGACGAAGAAGGCGGCUGGGCAAAUGAUGUAAGAUGGCUGUUGCGUGUUGCUGGAAAUGCAGUAUUAUGA